AUGCAUCUCAAUUCUCCAUACACCUGUAUGAUUAUUCUGACCUCUAUAUUCGCUCUUUUCUACCUUUUCUUCUCAUACCAACCCUCGAUGCAGUAUUCUGUGAAUUUCGAGGAAACCAUUCUAGAUGAUCAAAUCAAUUCGUCAUUUCCCAUCACAUUCUAUCAUAAUGCUUAUGUGGAUUACAGAUUCACUCCUCCACGUCUUCGAAUCUUCUCCUUGAAUCAAUGCAUCAAACCCAACAAAAACUUUUUGUUGGUUGACAUUUUCUACGAAGGAGUUUCGGAGCCAACCCAGAUGAAAGUCUUUGGAGAACCAUUGGAAGGAGCUUGCCCAUCAACAUAUGGUCCGGCAAAGCCUUGUUUCUAUGUGGCGCAUACUUUUUUCACAGAUCUUAUCAUGACUGGAGGGAUGACAAAAGUUCUCCUCCACAUGGGUAGCCGAAAAGUGACCCUAUCCGUAAAAGAAAUCAAUAAAAGAUUCGAAAAAGGAAUCACAUUGUGCCUUCAACCAGUUUAUUACUAUUCGCAAUGGCAGAAUAUCGUUUUGUAUAUUGAAGCAUGGAAAGCUCAAGGAGCUACUCGUUUUAUUGUUUUCUAUCAUUCGUCUACAAAAGACACUAAAAGAGUAUUAGAUUACUAUCGAGGCUUGGGAAUAAUCGAACUACGAUCUUGGCCGAGUUUCGGAAGUUUACCAUCGGAAAUCGAAGCCAAGAAUCCAAAAAUUGACGAUAGUGUCUUCAUAUUUUCAUAUUUCCUAGCUAUGAAUAUCUGUAUUUUGGAUAUCAAAACCACUAUCGGAACAAUCGCUGAUUUCGACGAAGUCAUGGUACCAAGAAACGGUACCAUGCUGGAUUAUGCCACUAGAGAGAUGACGGGUACCAAUGUUGGAGCGCUUUCUUUUGGGAAUAACUACGUGGCAAUGGACCCCAGCAUCUAUUCUUCUGACUUUUCCGGAGUCUCAAAACCCAUUUUCAUCAGCAAAGGAGGACCAUCCAAGUACAUUUUCAACGCAUCUGUUAUCGAUUUAGCUCAAGUUCAUUGGGCGAAAAGUUUUACGGAUUCAUCAAAAAAGAGUAAAGGGGGGGACGGAGGAUUAUUGCACUUGAGAUACGGUUUCGAUCCGUCCAAAGAGAAAACUGUGGAAAAACAAUUUCGAUUCUUUCCGAACAAUCAAAAGGAACAUAUUCGUAAUAUGCAGGAUACAGCCAACAAAAUAUUCAAUGGAUCCGUGCCUACUUUUAAUUCAAAUUUCAUUGAUAUUCUCAACGAUUGCGUUAAGCAAAUCAACAAACGAGGAAAGACGUGUAGGAGUACUGGUGGCAUGUGUAAAAAGGAAAUGGAUAAGGUUAAUGAAUGGGUCUAUGAUAAGACGGAAGGCAUCUUUUUAUCCGGGGCAUAA